AAAAAGCGAACCCUCCUGGCCCCGCCCCGAAGACCCCAGCACCACCCCGGUCUCCGCCGGCGAAACUUCCACUAGGACUGUCGGCGGCGGCCAUGGGGGAGUACGCGGCGGCGAAGACGUCGGUGUGGUGGGACAUCGAGAACUGCGCCGUGCCCCGCAACUGCGACCCCCACCUCAUCGUGCAGAACAUCAGCUCCGCCCUCGCCACCGCCGGCCACGUCGGCCCCAUCUCCGUCUCCGCCUACGGGGACACCAACGGCAUCGCCCAGCCCGUCCUGCACGCCCUCUCCAGCACCGGCGUCUCCCUCCACCACGUCCCCGCCGGCAUUAAAGAUGCAAGUGAUAAGAAAAUCUUGGUUGAUAUGCUGUUCUGGGCUAUUGACAACCCUCCGCCAGCAAAUUUUCUGCUUAUCUCUGGUGACCGGGACUUCUCUAAUGCUCUUCAUAAGCUUAAGAUGAAGCGGUACACUAUUCUAUUGGCACAACCUCCAAAUGUGUCUCAGUCACUUACUGCCGCAGCAAAGAGUGUUUGGCGCUGGAAAAGCCUUGUGGCUGGAGAACCACCAUUAGCACAGUCACCAUACAUAAGCAGCAUACCAAGUGGAAAUAAGGAUGAUGUGGAUGCGUCAAAUUCUCCAGACGCGACUCAAAGCACUAACCCUCAAGUGCAGAAUACUUCUCAGCGUGAUCAUCAAAAUGGUGGUAAUGGAAAGGCAGAUAAGCAGUUUAAAGUGAAGCAACCUCGAAAAAUCCAGACUGACAGUGUAUCUAAACCAGCAAGCAAAAAGGAAGAUUCAGUUGAUGGAGUUGCUGAUAGUUCUAAAGGUAGCACUACUAACCAGCCAAGUCAGCCUUCUACACCAUCAUCAUCAACUUCUUCAUCAAGUUCUGAACCGCAGGGUGGGGCAAAGGUGAACCCGAUGAGUAAACCAAAAAACCCACCCCUUUUCCAGCCUAAAAAGCCUGUAAAACCCUCCCAUUCCCAUCAAAAUAGUGCUCCCCAUGACUAUUUUGGUAGUAAGAAGUCUGGUGUGUCAACUGAAUCUGCACUGAAAACUGGUGCUCCUGAUUCUGGCAUUGGUACUGGUGGCCUUCAUCCAAAACACCAGAACCAAUCCUCUCAGCUACCAAACCCACAAAAUCCAGUGACUCCUCAUCCUCACAGUGGACCUGGUAAAUUUAACGCAUCAAAUUUACAUAGAACCAGUUCAUGCCCACCACAAGCCGGGCAAAAUGGUGUUCCGACUGCACCAUUGCAGUCCUGGCCAAGUGCUCCUCCCUAUCAUGCCCCACCAGUUAAUUAUCCUGAUAUGAGUCAGUUGAAUAUUGCUGGAUACCCCAUAGGAGGUCACAACUACCAAGGUUUGAACAUGAACUACCACCCAAACCAGUCUGGUGCUGCUCAACCUCCUUACAAUAGUUAUGGUUACAUACCUCCAACUCCACCUAAUGUAUCCAGCAACAUGCAAAAUGCUGGACAAUGGGGAGUUAACACCGGAUGUCCACAGCCAUCUUCUGACUCUCAAAUUCUGAUAAGAAAUAUCAUAAGUGCUUUGGAAGUACUGAAGACCGAGAAGCUUCCACCAACAGAACAGUAUAUAUCAGAUUGCAUACAUUAUGGAGGCGCCAAUCUACCAAGUUUUGAUGUUAAGAAGGCUCUUGAAAUUGCCAUUCAGCAUCAAGCCAUCGUCACUAAGAAGUUAGGGCAUAUGUCAUUUUUUCUAGGAAAAAAUGAAAAUCUCUGGAAGUGUGUGAAUGUACUGGAUACCAGCGCACAUUACCCAAAAGAGACGCUAGAUGCUGUUCAUAGGUACAUAUCUUCUGCCGGUGGCUGUUCCGCGCUAAAGAACUCCCAGUCCAGGUAUCAAGCUGCAACUCUCUUAAAGAACGCAUGCUUGAAACGUCUUUCCCUUGGUGAAGUUAUCCAGCUGUCGUAUACGAUAACUGAUAAAAUGAAGUGGUUUGUUCCCCACCCUUCGGGCUGGCAGCCAUUAUCAAUGAACAUAAUAGUGGUUGAUGCUACUCGAGGCGCUAAAGGAAAACCUUAGCCUUGGCACAUUCCUCAGACCAAAUCGGAUGGACACUUUGAGUUCUGGUUAUCUAGUGCCAUGGCUCAUCUUCGUUCUGCCAACAAUUUCUUUUAAAAGCAAUAUCGUGUCCGUAUGUCUUAGUGGGAGUCAAACUGUCAUUAGGCUACUGGUUUUGUUCCCAUUACGCCGAAGGGAGCAGCUCAGGUUAUGGCUACUGUUACGAGAAUGGUGCUUCUGUCAGUCAAUUGGUUCUGCAACCAAAGACUCAAAGGGGAAACAAAAGGGUUAUUUCCUUUGUUCAGGCAGGAAAAACGUGCCUGAUAUUAGAAGUUAUGAUCUCUUCCCCUGUGGGCCUAAAAGGCAUGCUCGAAAUCUCACGAGUUGAUUUCAGUCAAGCCUUCAGUAGUGACUCAAGAAGCUGCUGCUGUUCAAGGUGCUCAAUGAAGCCUCCUUUAUAUGUAAAUUACUAAACUCUCACUCGUAAGAGACAUGGAUGGAUAUAUCAUGUGAUGUUCAAUGGCUCUGGGUGGUUUGAAUCUU